AUGGCGGUCCCCGAUGCCCUGUCUCCGUUCGCCUCGCUGUCGCAGGCCCUGAGCUUUGCCGACGACCACCAGCGCGCCUGGUGGUCCAAGACCGGCGCUAUGCUGGCCCGUGUGAUGGCCUCUGCGAACUACAGCCCUGACGACCAGUUUGAAUAUCUCCGCUUCUACGCGCAGACGAUCGUCCCCCGCCUGGGCCCCUAUCCGCAGACCUUUCGCAGCUCCGUGACGCGCAGCGGCUUGCCGCUGGAGUUCAGCAUCAACUACCAGCAGUAUGGCAAGGCGCCCGUCGUCCGUAUUGGCUUCGAGCCGCUCUCGGCGCUCUCGGGCAGCGACACGGACCCGUUCAACAAGAUUCCCGCUGGAGAGCUGGUCGCCGCCCUCGCCAAGCAGAACCUUGCUGGAUUCGACACCCAGCUCUGGGACCAGGCCAUCAAGCAUCACACCGUGAACGAGACCGAGGAAGCCUCCAUCGAGGGCAUGGACCUCGAUGGUGGCUAUAUCAGAUCCCAGACCGCCUUCGGCUUUGACCUCGUGGGAGCUGCCAACCUGUCGGUCAAGGGCUACACCUUUCCGGCUCUGAAGUCCCAAGUGACGGGCAUUCCCAUGGCACAGAUCAUGGCGGAGUCCGUGAAAAACAUGGAGCCCUUGGUGGACUGUUCAGCCGCCUUUUCGAUGGUGCAUGCCUAUCUCACAGACACGGCAUACGACGACAAGUCUUUCUUUUCCUGGGAUUUCGUCGCCCCGUCCAAGACCCGUCUGAAGUUAUACACUGGAUCCAACGGCGUCACUUUAAACAAGCUGGAGGAGGUUUGGACGCUAGGUGGCCGACUCCAGACGCCAACUGUACUCAAAGGCCUGGAGUACCUGAAGCAAGUUUUUCGUCUUAUCAAAAUUGAAGAAGGCGAGCGCACAGUUGAAGUUGCCUUUGAUGAUCGCAAAAAUUCCUCCAAAACAACGCCCUUACUGUGGAACUAUGAGAUGCGGCCCGGCGACCCCAAUCCGCUGACGAAGAUCUAUUUCCCAAUCCACGGCGAAAACGAUAUGCAAAUCAUCACCGGCGUUGCCCAGUUCUUCCGCACGAUCGGCCUGGUGGAUCUUGGAAACUCUUAUGUGGACCUCGUUAAAUCUUAUUAG